UCCAAUGAAAACAGCAAAUUCACCUUUAUUUUUCCAUUCACAAACGCAGCGCAUCAUUAUCGCCGUUCUCAUUAUUUUCCUUAUCAGCAUCUCCGUCAUUCAUCUGCGCCAACAGAUAUCUUUUCACCCAUUUUAAUGAUGAAUCCAUCCAUAAUCCACUGCAUCGUGCCUGUGUUCACAGCACUACGUACAGUGAUGGAUCAUCGAUGAUUUUGUGAUUAUUUAUUUGGUGAUUUUCCCAUAUUUAAGUUUUCCUCCAAAAAUGGGAGACGAUUCCCCGGUGAUUUCCUCAGCCUAUCCCAUUAUCAUCAAACCCGCUUUUGACAAAGUCAAUCAGAGCGUGAAAGAACCGAAGGCAUCCGACGAUGUGCGCGAUGCUUUCUCCAAGGUGGAAUCGGCGUAUCCAGGAUGGACCCACGAUUUCCUCUCGCAGCUGAUUCGCGCCGUGGAGCUGCCCGUUGUCAGCCUGAACGAGCCCGUUCUCAGGCUGGAAGCCUCCGUAGAAAACGAAGGUUUGCGGAUAAAUCGGUCGGACGACAUUUUCCAGGAUCUCAAUAAAAAGUCAGCCAAUUUGAAGCGGAUUUUAUCGCGGAUACCCGAUGAGAUUACGGAUAGGCGGACGUUUCUGGAAACGAUCAAGGAGAUUGCCAGUGCUAUAAAGAAACUCUUGGACUGUGUGCAUCAAGUCACAGAAAUUAUUCCUUCGGACUCGGGACGGCAGACUCUGGAGCAGAGAAAAAAAGAGUUUGUCAAAUUUUCCAAGCGUUUCAGUAAUACCCUGAAGGAUUUCUUUAAAGACGGACAGGCCAACGCGGUCUUCUACAGCGCCAACUGUUUGAUCAAUCAGACCAAUUUGAUUGUGCAGACUGUGAAGGAGAAGUGCGAGUAGCGGCGGUUGUUGUGUUUAGCCUCUGUUUUUGCCCCCCUUUUGUUGUUUUCACGUGUCGGCACGGUGUUUUGUCCGGCGGCCAAUGGUAUUUUUCCUCUCCACGCAGCGGGUCGCUGUAAUUUUUUUUAUCUUGCGCUUCACGCGGACCUCGGUGGUGUGUGCAAACACGAUAAUUAUUAAUUCUAAGGUUUUACGGAGGAAAUGCAGUGAAUUUUAUUUUUUGUAUUGUUUUAGCUUUUUGCGAUUUUUAGCGGAUUUUUUUGGAGGAUGUUUUCUUCCUCGUGUCGUUUAAUAUGCUGUUCUCGGUGUGUUACUUUUUGAUUGUUUGUUUUUUGAAAAAAUGAUGUAUUGUACAAAAUGCCCGUAAAGAGAUUAAAUUUUCAAUGUUU